AUGUCUGCCUUCACCACUAAAUCAUUUCGCUCCCUUCUGGGCGCUGCUUCUCGCACUGCUCCUGCCAACCGCGCCUUCAGCUCCUCCGCCUCGCGGUCCUACGCGCGCGUCACGGUCACCGGUCAUAUAGGAUUCAGGCCCGAACUCCGCACCUCUAAGAAUGGCAACGAGUAUCUCGCUUACAGCAUCGCUAGCACACCCCCGGGGUCGGAGGAGACGACUCAGUGGUUCAACGUUGUGGCCCAUGGCAUCCCGGAAGGAGGAUUUCGCAGCCUCUUGUUGUCACUGCAAAAGGGGUCCUACGUCUUGGUUGAUGGUGAGUUGCGAGUCAGACCAUUUACGGAUAAAAAUGGUGUCCAGCGCGAGUCUCUGCACAUCACCCAGAAUGGCUUCGAGGUCCUUCGGCGGCCUCGUCUGACCGACAAUGCGCAAGGCGAAGAAAGACCUUCUGAGUAA